AUUUAUAACCGCGGACCAAACUAUAAUUAGGACUUGCUCCUUACAUAAUGUUUUCAUAUUCAAUUACGUUUUUACCGGUAUCAACACAAAGAAAAAAUGCAUCAGGGAUGCUGGAAAGUUGACGAGAACGACGAAGGUCCUACUAACACUUUUUACAAACGUGAGAAGCACCACCAUUUCUCGCACGAGUUAUGGACGCAGUUGUACAAAUCAAAAGAUACCGGAACUAAAGCGGUUUAUAUAGAUAUUGAAGAAGACAACCAAGAAACUGAUGCCAAUCACGAGUACUCCAAAUGGAACGAACUUCCCGAUCUAUUACUAGAAGAAAUUUUCUCAUAUCUUUCUAUAAGAGAAAAGUACUACGCCAGUCUGGUAUGCAGAUCAUGGUACAGAGCCUUCCACCUGCCACGUGCCUGGUCCGAAUUUGUUUUGGAAGACAACACGCUAACAAGAGGAAGGUUUAAUUAUUACUCAGGAUGGCAGUAUGUUUUAGAUCACGUAAGGACCCAAAUGUGCCUGUGUGCAGUGGGGAAGAAUUUCAGGAGAUUGAAAAUUGAACCGAUGAUGAAUUUCUUCAACCUUUACGAAUUCAUAAACAUGGUAUCUUGGUACUUGGAAAAUAGCGAAAACAAAGCGGAAAACAUUAAGAAGGGAAUUGGAAGUAACAUAAGGUCGCUGAAGUAUACAUUUCCCUGCAACAUGAUUAGCAGGGAUGAAACAAAAAGUUUUGGGACGGGGGGAAAGCAAUUAGCUGCUUUGAAAAGAUUGAUGAACAACCUUACAAGACUAACAAGUCUUGAACUCAUCGAUUUGAUGCUGGACCCGAGAGAAGCGCAAUAUUUAUUGGAUGAAGUGUGUCAGAACUGCUAUGAUAAACUCGAAUAUUUGACCGUUGUUAAUGCUACAAAAGUGCAAUACCCUCUGUUGCAUAUAGGAGUAUUCAUCAACUUGAAAGUUCUCAAAAUAAGUCCCCAAAAUCUGGGUGAAGACAGUGUUGAACUAUUGGGCUACACGAAUUUGAAACAUCUCCACAUAAUUCAGAACCGAUACACCCCAAACGAUGGUAGUAUGAAAUCCGUAUCACAAAAAGUCUGGAAAAUUGCCAGCCAGAACAAUCCCUCGCUGAGAGUACAUUUGAGGUUAGAAUCUAUGAAGGCAAAGCCACUGAUUUGGCAACACGGCGCUCCAGUUCAAACGGUGCUCUACAAUUCGCCUCAUAUUGGGGUCGACAUCAAUCAGUUAGUAUUAGCAAUAGAAUUGUAUAAAAAUACCUUGACCACAUACGGACACAUGAAUAUUCCUAGGUUUUGGUCGGAAAAGUCUUUCUUCCACAGAAUCGACGCCAGUUUGAUGCUGUUGCUGAGAGAAUGUCCAUAUAUCGCGACUCUAGUGGUUACAGAGAGAAUAUCCACGUCGACUGUACUCCUUCUGGCAUUCACCGGAAAGAACUUGAGGCACCUCUACAUCAGGGGUAAAGCAGUCAUAAUCCGAAACGACUGGCCAAGGAAUCAAGAAUGGACCGACGAAUUCUGCGGUUGGUUGAAAAUGAACAGUCGAUCUUACAAGCUGGUCGAGCAAGAAGUUUCACAAAUAUUGGGGUAUCAGUGGCACUUCUUGACCGACAAGGAAUUCAUGAAUUUGAAGAUUAAUUUUCACAAUCCUUGAAAUUCAAUGGGUGAAAAUAUGCUUGUAUAAAGAACAAGACAAUGAAAUAUAAGUUUAUCAUUAAAUAUUUAUAAAAUUUUCAAUUAAUAAAAUACAUAUUUA